AUGGCUGCGAGAAGGCAUUGUGCCUGCGAGUCAGAACGAUGGUGCUGUGUGAUCGAUAUGGAUAUGUUCUAUGCUGCUGUGGAGAUAAGAGACGACCCCUCCCUUCAUGAUGUCCCUCUCGCGGUGGGUGGCGACUCAAUGAUAUCAACAGCGAACUACGUCGCCCGGAAGUAUGGAGUCCGCGCGGCCAUGCCCGGCUUUAUAGCACGUGAGCUGUGUCGGCGACAAGGCGUAGAAUUGAGGUUCAAGCCUGUGGACAUGCCCCGUUAUCAAGCUGCUAGUAAGAUCUUCAAGGAUACAGUAUCGCUCUAUGGCCCUAUGAAGAUGCUCUCGUUAGAUGAGGCGUACAUUGAUAUUACUGCAAAAGUGGCAGAGGCAGCGAUGGUGGAUGAGAGUAUAAGUGAGGUAGAAGCUGCAUCUUUGCUGGUCUCCCGUAUGCGGGAGGAGGUCUGUGAGAAUAGUAGUGGCCUCACAUGUAGUGCUGGUAUAGCUAGAGGGUGCUUCCGUCUGGCCAAGAUGGCAUCUGAUGUUAAUAAGCCCAAUGGCCAGUUUAUGGUACCAACGACGACCCAAGGGAUGCUGGAGUGGCUACAUAGCAUGCCAAUCCGGAAGUUGCAUGGUGUUGGACGAGUUAGCGAACGAGAGCUCAGCGCUGGACUAGGCAUCCAUAAGGUUGGUGAUAUCAUCAUCAAAGCGGCGGAGUUACUUCACGCGAUGUCUAGUAGUGGAGGUCAUUGGCUCAUCGAUGCAGCCAUGGGGGUGGCCGAUAUGGAGGAUGUUACUGCAGCCGCCGAGUCGGGACCGAAGUCCAUCAGCCAGGAACGGUCGCUAUCAACGGCGAAGUCCGGCUCAGCCGCCUACCUCCAUGAGGUCCUUGAGGAACUAUGCUCACAGGUUAUGGAGCUGUGUGCUGAAAAGGAGCAGUAUGGUCGCUGUGUGACGGUGAAGCUGAAGACGUUUGAAUGGGAUGUGAAGCAGAAGUCCAAUACCCUGAAGAGGGAGGUUCGAAGCGGGAGGCUCUUAUACUCGGCAGCGAGUGAGCUGAUGAGUACAGCCUUGGCGACUCUGAAGAAGCCUAUUCGGUUGCUGGGAGUGAGGGUCUCCUCCUUCCAGACGGCAGUGCCCCAGGGGCAGAGUACUCUUGGGGACUUUCUAGCUGCACAUAAGGCCAGCAGUAGCAGGGUGGCGGUGGAUGAGUGCAUUACUAUUGAGAGCCAUGAACAUGGGGGGAUAGUCGAGGCUUGGAAUUGUACUGUCUGCACCUUCCUCAACAAGGCAACGGAUCGGAGAUGCGAGAUGUGCCAUGAGAAUCGAGUCGGCCCAGUAGCUGAGCUGGGGAGUAGUCGUGGUAGCAAGAGGCCUAUGCUGGAUGGUGGGGGCAGUAGGGCUAGGAAGGUCCACAAGAAGGGCGCUAUAGAGAGAUACAUGACAAGAAGGGCCCCCUCUACUAGUGAGGGCUCUGGCAUGGUUAUAGACCUAACACAGGAUUGA